AUUUGUGUUCUCCUCUCGGACGACAGAUAGACGAGUCCAAUGCCUUCGGGAACACUGCGCUCCACGUGGCCUGUUUUAACGGCCAGGACGCCGUCGUGAGCGAGCUCAUCGAUUACGGCGCCAACGUCAGUCAGCCCAACAACAAGGGCUUCACCCCGCUGCACUUUGCCGCCGCCUCCACACACGGGGCGCUCUGCCUGGAGUUCCUGGUCAACAACGGGGCUGACGUCAACGUCCAGAGUCGGGACGGGAAGAGUCCUCUUCACAUGACGGCAGUUCACGGACGCUUCACUCGCUCUCAGACCCUGAUCCAGAACGGUGGGGAGAUCGACAGCGUGGACAAGGACGGUAACACCCCUCUUCACAUCGCCGCCCGCUUCGGCCACGAACUCCUCAUCAACACGCUCAUCACCAGCGGAGCAGACUGCACCCGGCGAGGAGUCCACGGCAUGUUUCCUCUGCACCUGGCUGCUCUGAACGCUCACUCCGACUGCUGCCGGAAGCUGCUGUCCUCAGGCUUCCAGAUCGACACCCCUGACACCCUGGGGAGGACCUGCCUGCACGCUGCUGCCGCCGGAGGUAACGUGGAGUGUGUGAAGCUGCUCCUGAGCAGCGGAGGAGAUCACAACAGGAGAGACACAUGUGGCAGGACUCCUCUUCACUAUGCAGCCGCCAGUCGUCACUAUCAGUGUCUGGAGACGCUGGUGGCCUGUGGCACCGCCAUUAACGCCACCGACCAGUGGGGGCGCUCCGCCCUGCACUACGCUGCUGCCUCGGACCUGGACAGGAGGCGUCGUGUCGCUCUGGAGCCGGAGAGCGACGGCGUUCAGGCGGAGAGGGAGAAAGAGGCGGGACUAUGUUUAGAGUUCCUGCUGCAGAGCGGAGCGACGGCCUCGCUCAAAGACAAACAGGGCUACUGCUCCGUCCACUACGCCGCCGCCUACGGACACAGGCACUGUCUGGAACUGCUGUUGGACAGAGACGACAGUCGCCAUGACGACCCCGAAUCUCCGAGCGCCAGGAGCCCGCUGCACCUCGCUUCGUACCACGGCCACGCUCAGGCUCUGGAGGUGCUGCUGCAGGGGGAGAGGGAGGUGGACCAGGGGGACGAGGUGGGGAGGACCCCCCUGGCUCUUGCUGCCCUCCGGGGCCACACUGACUGCGUUCACACCCUCCUCAGCCAGGGGGCGUCGCCGCGCACCACGGACGCGCAGCACGGACGCACCCCCGUCCACCUGGCAGUGAUGAACGGUCAUACGACGUGUGUGCGCCUCCUGCUGGACGAAUCCGACAGCGCAGAGCUUGUGGAUGCUGCUGACUCUCAGGGACAGACUCCUCUGAUGCUGGCGGUGGCCGGAGGUCACGUGGACGCCAUGUCGCUGCUGCUGGAGAGGGAAGCAAGCGUCAACGUGGCGGAUAACCACGGCCUCACUGCUCUGCACCUCGGGCUGCUGUGUGGUCAGGAGGAGUGUAUCCAGUGUCUGCUGGAGCAGGAGGCCUCCGUUCUACUCGGUGACUCUCGGGGUCGUACGGCCAUCCACCUGGCGGCGGCCCGGGGACACGCCUCCUGGCUGAGCGAGCUGCUGAGCAUCGCCUGCUCUGAUCCGCCGUCCCUGCCGCCGCUGAGGGACCACAGCGGAUACACGCCGCUGCACUGGGCCUGUUACUACGGUCAGGAGGGGUGUGUCGAGGUCCUGCUGGAGCAGAAAGGUUGUCGCUGCAUCGAUGGAAACGCCUUCACACCUCUGCACUGCGCUGUGGUGAACGAUCACGAGCCGUGUGCGUCUCUGCUGCUGGACGCCAUGGGGUCAGACAUCGCCGGCUGCAAGGACGCCAAGGGCAGGACUCCUCUUCAUGCCGCAGCCUUCGCGGGUCACGUCGAAUGCGUCCAGCUGCUGCUUUCGCACGAUGCGCCCGUCGAUGAUGUGGACCAAGCGGGUCGCACGGCGCUGAUGAUGGCGGCAGAGAAGGGCAAAGCCGGGGUCCUCGAGGUGCUGUUGACCAGCGCCAGCGCCAAAAUCACUGCGACGGACAAGGACGGCAACACGGCGCUGCACCUCUCCUGCAGUAACGGAAAAGAAGACUGUGUGAUGUUGAUCCUGGAGAAACUUACGGACACUUCGCUCAUUAACGCCACAAAUGCAGCGCUGCAAACUCCUCUCCACCUGGCGGCUCGCAGCGGCCUGAAGCAGGCGGUGCAGGAGCUUCUGUCCCGAGGAGCCAACGUUCAGACGGUGGAUGAGAACGGUCUGACCCCCGCUCUGGCUUGCGCUCCGAGCAGAGAGGUGGCUGAUUGCCUGGCUCUCAUUCUGGCUACCAUGAUGCCUUUCUGCUCCCCUUGCAGCUCCGGGGCCCCCUCCCCAGGCGCCCUGCUGAGGCACCUCCCCCACCCGGCAGGAAAAGGCCCCGGCCCAGGCGUCGGCCCCCGGGCCCCGCGGAGCCAGAGGAACCCCUCCCGACCCUCCAGCGAGGGAACCACAGAGAACGACUCUGAGGACUCGGAAACCUUCUGACCCUCCUACCUCCGACCUCAGCAGUUUUUUUUUAAUCUCCUCCCUCGAUGUGGAGACUUGGUGGUGACACAGUGACGAUGAUGCAGCUCCGGAGCAAAACGUCAAAUAUUAAACCAAGAAAUAAUCACAUGAAGAAAAUGACAGA